AUGGCAGGCGUCGUGAGAGAGUUACAAGCCGCGACCACAGGAAAGACACGCUAUGAUAGGGUCCCCUCGCAGCAGAUGCCACUUUACGAUGAUCCUCAUCCGUCAGUUGAGGAUUCGAGACUCGAAAACAACGAAUGCGCAGAGAAAGAUGGCGAUGGCGAUGAUAGAGAUUAUGAUAGCCGGCUUCGGCGAAAGAGAAGAUGGCCUGGUCCUCUGAGGCUCGUGGGCAUCAUGACGGUUGCCAUUCUCGCCGCUGUCGGAGUGGCAGACCUCUUUGGCCGCGCUUCCCAAGCGGUCCAGCAGCAACGGACAGCCAACGACCCAGUCCAGACCGUACACGACUGCUUCCGCUCCUGUGGCUACACGGCUGCAGAUGCCAUUGAGCGCGGUUGUCUGUUUGAGGAGUUUGAUAUGCGGUGGGAGCACCCGUCAUGCAUCGACCACGAGCUCGCCGCAGAGUAUCGCCGCAUGGGGCCUGAGCCGGACGGCUCGUGGACAUACAUGGUGGAUGAUGAAACUGCCACCGAUGGUGUCCCCAUCAACGAGCUGCGCAGGCGCCCCGUAAACGCGACGGAACUCAGCAUGCUCGUCUGGCCCGGUAAGGUCGUCUACGCCAAUAUGCGCCACCACUUGACGCACUGCAUCUUCCGUUGGCGCAAACAGUUCCGCGCGCCCUUCAAGGGCACAAGAUGGCCGAGCCAGCCGGGGUGGGAGGAGAACCAUAUCAAGCAUUGCAUGGAUGUGAUCCUCAACAAGAGGGAUGUGCCGCUAGAGAAGUUUAUAACUAGGGUGGUUUUUGAGUCACCAUAA